CGUAAUUGCGUAUUUGAAAAAAGACGACCGGCGUUCAUGUGUUCAAUGCUUCAGCACAGAAUUCAUUCAUUUUCUGAGCCUUGCAGUGGAACAAUCAGACGGUUCUGGAUCAGACCUCCAGAAGGGAGGCGUGUCGUUCAUGUGCAGCCUCUGGAGAGCCUUGGACGGACUGGAGCUGUGACUUUCAUCCAGACUGAGGAGUCCAGAGGUUGAAACCAUGCAGGGUUCUGCUGCGGUUCUUCUGCUGCUGCUGAGUUAUGGCUCUGUGAUUUUAUCAGCUGAGCAGCAGUUUGGAGAAAACAGCAGCACAUGUUCAGCUCUGAUAGACGAACAGCAGGUUGGAUCUGUAGAUGAAGUGACCGUUCAGUCUGCGAUCAGAGUUACAUCCAGACCAGAAAAUUAUCCUCAAAGCACAACACUGCCGGCUGACGGCACCACGGCGACUCCAAGACUGGAUCCAGUGAGCAGAACAUCCACUUUAAGGUCAAAUCCUGCACGUGAAGAAAGCACCAAGGCUGAAAGAGAAGAAGAUAAACCAAAAACAAACCCAACUUUUCUCCCUGACGCAUCAGUGAAAGAAUCAGAGAGCUCCAUAACCAAAACUCCUUCCACUCAAACUCAUCCAACUUCCAGUGUAGCCAACAAAGACUCCACAACAAAUAUCUUGGACAGCAUUGAGACGUCCAUUCCAAGUUACAUCCAGCCUGAGAACCCCACACUUACUGGUUUCUCAUCAGGAACAUCAAGCACAGAAGCAACCGUCUCUGACGGUUCACAGUUUGCUGAAACAGCCACUGAUAUAUCAGGCUUCACCACAGAAUCAGAGUUUGUUGUUUCCAGCUUACAGACUUCAUCUGAAGAGGAACAGGAAGCUUCAUCAUUAGCGGUUACACCUGCAGCUAAUGUAGUCAGUAGUCCUUCACUUCAAGCAGCAACAGAAGACUUUCCAGCCUCAAACCUGACAGUUUUAACUCCAACCUUACAAACUGGAGACACUGUGAACAGCAGCAACAUGGAGAUUAAGUUGAAAAAGGUUUUAGGAAGUGGCUUUAAAGAAAGAGAGGAAGUGGAAGAUAAGUUGAAAACACCCAAAACUACCUCACUUUCAGGUGGAGAACAAGGAAGUGGAACUGAUUUAAAGGAGGAGAAAGAUGAAGGACACCGACAUGCAAAGAUGGAAAAAGAAAGUGAAGAUGCGGACCAGUUUUACAAUCAGUCUUCACCUGAUUUAAUCUCUCAGUUCGACACCAAACAGCCUCCUAUAGUCGGACGUCAUGAUGCAGGACGAAAAGCAGGAAUCAGAGGUCAAAGGGGAUUGCAAGGUUCACCCGGACUCCCAGGACCACCAGGACCUAAAGGAGACAAAGGUUAUCAGGGCGUUAUGGGCCGCACCGGUCAGACCGGCUACAGAGGUCCGGUCGGUCCUCCAGGGAUGCCGGCCAUCGUUGUGUUCAAAACCUCAGAAGAAGAGUGGGAGGCCUUCAAGAAAAAGAAAAUCUAUAAGAAGCUGAUAUCUUCCUGGCCGAAGCGUAAAGGGACUCCAGGGCCUGUAGGACCUCAUGGAGAUGACGGCCCAGUUGGGCCGCCUGGAAUUACUGGAAAACAAGGACGAAAAGGAAUUCAAGGGAAAAUUGGAAGUCCAGGACCACAAGGACUGCCGGGUCCUCAGGGUCGACCUGGACGAGAAGGAACCCCAGGACACAGUGCUGACCCAGGACCCCCAGGCCCACCUGGAGAACAGGGAAUGAAAGGCUACAGAGGAGAGAAAGGCAGCAAAGGGGAGCUGGGUGAGUGGGGUUAUCAGGGAGAAGCUGGACCGCAGGGAAACGGAGGACAGAAAGGAGACAAGGGAAAUAAAGGAGUCGGAGGUUUCGUUGGACUUCCAGGAUACAGAGGCGUUCCUGGAGUGAGAGGUCCGUCUGGUUUUCCAGGACCAUCAGGACCAGUGGGAGAGAUUGGAGCUGUAGGUUUUAGUGGUCCACCAGGCCCACCUGGCAAAAUGGGCCCCGGAGGAUUAAAAGGUGUCUUUGGAGUUAAUGGACCUCCAGGUCAUCAGGGUGAGCUGGGCCUCAGAGGAGCAGCUGGACCACAGGGAGAUCCUGGUCCAGGUGGAACGGUUGGGUUACCAGGUGUCCGUGGUCCUCAGGGAAACCCAGGACCAAGUGGACCUCCAGGCCCUAAAGGCGACAAUGGUGAUCCAGGAGAUGAGGGAGACAUCGGAGAACCUGGACCACCUGGACUUAAUGGACUCUAUGGGAAUCCAGGAAAGCCUGGACCCUCAGGUGAUCCCGGAGCUAAAAGCCGGAGAGGUGAGAAAGGAGAUCUGGGGUUUAAAGGAGAUCUGGGAGCUCCAGGGCCUCCAGGGAAGCGAGGAUUUAAGGGGCGUAAAGGCCCAACAGGACUUCAGGGACUUCAGGGACCAAUGGGGCCGACAGGAUUUCCUGGACCCACCGGGGUCGAUGGCAUCAUGGGGGACCAAGGCAGGCGGGGAAAAGAUGGAUUUAAGGGUGAUCGAGGACCAACCGGUAUUCAAGGAAGUCCUGGACCUCGAGGAAACAAGGGUCGAGAAGGUCGAACAGGAUUUUCUGGGCUGCCUGGUCCUAUUGGGGAGAUGGGAAAAUCUGGAGAGCGAGGACCUGAAGGAGAACCUGGUAUUAAGGGAGUAACUGGAGUUCCAGGGGUGACUGGACCUAAAGGUCUGAAGGGGUUUCAAGGUGAUUUGGGUAACAGAGGACAGGACGGCACUCUUGGAUCAUCGGGAUCAGCUGGUGAAAAUGGAAUAAAAGGAGACACUGGACCUCCAGGACCUAAAGGGCUUCCUGGGAAGACAGGAUCUAGUGGUUUCCAAGGUCCUGUAGGGAAGAGUGGAGAACCUGGCAGCAGAGGAAUGAAGGGAACACUAGGAAAACCAGGAGAGAAAGGGGUUGAAGGUAAUAAAGGCUCCAGUGGACCUGCAGGCAGUGAAGGAUUAAAGGGUAAGAGAGGAGAGGAAGGACCAAGAGGAAAAGAAGGACCCUCGAGUGAGAUGGGGAUGACUGGACCACAGGGAUACAGAGGACCUCCAGGUAUCCAGGGUAAAAUUGGACCGUGGGGGGAGGUUGGACCUCGUGGUCUUCCAGGUGAUCGGGGGCCACGGGGACCAGUGGGCCCUCCUGGAGUUCCAGGUUACCCUGGUAAAGACGGAACUCAAGGACCAAAUGGAUUAGCUGGUGUUAAAGGAGAGAAGGGAUCCAGAGGAGCUUCGGGGCAGCAGGGAGUCGCUGGUCUCCAUGGUGAGGAGGGUCCAGCUGGACUGAAGGGAGGUGAAGGAGCAGUCGGUCAAAAAGGAAAACCUGGCAAUAAAGGAAAACCUGGAGCUGCUGGACUUAAAGGACCAAAAGGAUCUGAAGGUGAACGAGGAAACCAAGGACCACAAGGACCAACCGGAGCACCAGGAAAACAGGGUUACAGAGGUUCACCAGGAGACCGAGGAAAACAAGGAGUCCCGGGACUGAAGGGUGAACUCGGUACCAGGGGCCCAUCAGGACAGUCUGGACAGUUUGGACCUGGAGGCAACACCGGAGCAGCAGGAAGCAAAGGACAGAAGGGACUUCAGGGACACACUGGCCCCCCUGGUAGUUUAGGUCCCCCUGGACAAAUUGGACCUUCACCAGCUGGUUUACCAGGAGAGAGAGGAGCUGAGGGCAAAUCUGGAAUCUCUGGACUAAAGGGCAGUCAGGGUGAAAAAGGAAAACCUGGUGUUCCAGGCAUUAAAGCAGAUGUGGGCAUAAGAGGUCAGAAAGGUGCCAAAGGGGAACCUGGGAAACAAGACACAAGGGGCACAGUGGGGAGGAAAGGUUUUAUCGGCUCUACAGGAGCUAAAGGUCGACCUGGACCCAACGGACCUCCUGGUUUUCCAGGAACUAAAGGAACUCAGGGUCCAAAGGGAAAACAGGGCCAGGCUGGAAGGAAAGGAACCAAAGGAGCUGCUGGGAAAAUUGGAGCUAAAGGCCCAACAGGUAGACCGGGAGCUGCUGGACGACCUGGAAAACCUGGUCUGAGUGGUUUGGACGGGUUACUGGGGGUAGAAGGUAACGAAGGAGAUCAGGGUGAUGUAGGUUUCAGAGGAGCUCCUGGAACACCGGGCAGGCCAGGGAAGACGGGAAACCCUGGAGCUUCUGGGAUUAGAGGAAAUACUGGAACAGGAGGGUUCAAGGGUAACUCUGGCCCAAAAGGCAGACAUGGGCCUCCUGGACCAGUUGGACCGAAGGGUGUUCCAGGACUGAGAGGAGGGAAAGGUGAAGCAGGAAGUCCUGGCACAAAGGGUCUCCCAGGUGACAUGGGGAUACUGGGACCAAUCGGGCCACCAGGACUAAAAGGGAAUCCUGGUUUGCAGGGACUAAAAGGUCAAAUAGGUCGUAAAGGAAAGCAGGGAGACGCCGGUCCUCGAGGUCCACGUGGGCAGAAAGGCCUCACUGGAAUUCCUGGUCACCUUGGAAAGAAGGGUCUGAAAGGUGUGCAGGGCAGUAGAGGACCAAAGGGACUUAAGGGCAAAAGUGGAUCUCCGGGAAAACCUGGUGCACCUGGAAAACCGAGGCCUGUGCAAAGACUUGGAUCAAUACCUGCACAGGGACCUGGUCUAUGGCCCGAAACAAGAAUUAAGCAGAAAACUUCCAAUGGAACUGCGGUCGUUCCGAAGGGAAGGGAAGGACAACAAAAACAGCCCAGGACGGUGUCAAGAAGGUGGUCUGAAGGAGAUGAAUCUGAAGAGUCCUUUAGUUGGCCUUUAGGAACCAGAGAUGAUCCCGGCACCACCUGCCAUGAGCUGAAGCUCAUACGUCCACAUCUGAAUGAUGGCUACUUUUACAUGGACCCCAACCAAGGCUGCCCUUGUGACGCUGUAAAGGUUUUCUGUAACUUCACAGCAGGAGGAACAACCUGCAUAGACCCUCUACAAACACAGGACUGAGGGCACCGUCAUCAGAUUCACUGGUCAGGUUUCUGGUAAGGGGUGGAUUUUUGGACAGUUCAGCAUCCAGCAGAACACCCAUUGAAGGAUUCGUCCAUCAGGAGACCAAGAUUCCAGUUAACUGGAUGGCGAGCCAACCCGUGGAAAAAUUGAGAGACCAAGAGAAGGAGGAUCGCUUCUGCAGAAGAAUUACUGCGCUCAUGGUGCGGUAGGACAGAAAAGACGCGCUUACACCUGGAUUGGGCCCCAGCGACCGAUCCUCUGACUAACACCAAAAAGACUGGACUCAGACACUUUUAUUUUUUUUGUCAUUUGUGUGCGCUUUAUUAUUUUUUAUUGUACUGUUGUAAUGUUGUGUUGUGCAGCUAAUCUGCACUAAUUGUACUUAUUACACCUAUUUUGACAAAUCCAUUCUGUUUGUGUCUCCUUACUGACGCUCAGACCUCAGGCUCCAAGCGCCCUAGCCUCUGAUGCUGGUCCAAAUCUAAUAUAUUUAUGAUUUUGAUGCAACAAAGUUGUUACAUUUGUGGCGAGCCAGCCAGGAGCCUGAAGUGAAGUGAGUAUCAGUAUUGAGAAAAGAAAAUAAUGGAUUUUAUUGAGCAGUCAGGUGUUAAUAUUCCUAAUUCAGUGAUUGUGUGUGGACUGACUAACUCAGAGAAAGACGAAAACGUGCUAGACUUUCUAAAGAGAUAUGGCAGCAUUCAAAAUGUAGUGUCAGUUAAUGAUGAAGCCUCAGAGUAUUACCAAAACCUGAUCAUUGAAUUCUCGAGUGGCUUAGCUAUAGAAGUUUUGGAACCCCUUUUGCCAUAUAAGUACAUCUUGGAAGAGGACCCAAGUAUUGUAUUCUGUGUCAGAAGGCUAGCCAGUGUUUACACUGCAAAGGUUGGGGAGGGAUUCAUUAGGUCAUACCUAUCUGAGUUGAGAGGCCUAGCAAGGCGUAGUGGUGAAGAAUAUGAGGUAAUUCUGAAAGAAAUGAUGUCUCAGAUUAGCGAGGCUAUCGACCCUGUGAGGGAGGCAACUUCCCCACUACUCCUUGACACAAAUGACAAGACAGAGUUACCACAGCUCCAGACACUCCUUGUUCCCCCACAACCAACCGCAGACCAAGGUGCAGCAGCACCAAUCCCACUUCCUAGUGUGGGAAAGACCUCAUCUAUUACACUAAGUGACGUGAACCCACCAGAAAUCCAAAAGGUGGUGGUCGAACACAUUGUAAGGAAAGAGCACAUAGGACCAGACUUAUACUCCUCCGUCCGGCUCCGUUCCUUUUCAGGAAGGACGUCCAGAUCCAAUAAUGAGUCAGACGACGAUACCUGGCAUUCACAAAUUGACCUGCUUCUGAGUGAUCCUAGCAUGUCGCAUCCACAGAUCACGCGAAGGGUUCUUGAGAGUUUGCUCUCUCCUGCAGCUGACGUAGUCAAAGGGUUAGGGCCCAAAUCUUCUCCCGUACUCUACUUACAGCUGUUAGACUCGGCUUUUGGUGUUGUUGCAGAUGGAGAGGAGCUUUUUGCUCAGUUCAUGAAUACUCUUCAAGCCCCUGGUGAAAAACCAUCCACCUAUCUUCAGUGUCUGCAGCUAGCUUUAAAUUUAGCUAUUAAGAGGGGAGGGGUGGCACCUGAGGACAUAGAUAAGCACCUUCUCAAGCAUUUUUGUAGAGGAUGCUGGGAUAGUACAUUGCUCUCGAGCCUGCAGCUUGAGCAAAAGAAAGGCAGCCCUCCAUCUUUCUCAGACCUCUUGCUAAUGCUGCGCACUGAAGAAGAUAGGCAAGCAGCAAAGGAUGCUCGAAUGAAAAAACACAUAAGCUCCACAAAGCAACGAGCUCAUAUUCAUUCUCAGAGCACUUGUGGGUGUGCACAGCUACAAGAACAGAGACACGUCUCAAUGCAGUUGAGGAUCUUAAAAAGCAGAUUGCCAGUCUGCAGAGCCAGCUAGCUUCAGUUAUAUCACAGAAGAAGACAAGAAAGUAUGACACUAAAGGAACAGCAGAAAAAUCAAAUAAGUCAAAGUCGAGUAGUGUUCGCACAGAGGGGUUCAGGCAGACAGGAGAGAAGCAGACUGGCAGGCCAAAGCCCGGGUACUGUUUUCACUGUGGGGAAGAUGGGCAUAUAGCCCCAUCUUGCACCAGCCCGGCAAAUUCCACUCUGGUGACAGAAAAGAGAAGACCGUUGGAGGAGAAACAACGUAUGUGGGAAAGGCAAAACCACCCUAGUAAGUCAUACUCACCUUUAAACUAGAUUCAGUCCCCGUUGUGGGGCAAACGGGCUGAAUUGAAUCAACCACGUCCCUCAGAUGUUAAAAGCGGAAACAGAGUUCCAUGUGCCAGUCUUGAACAUUUAACGAGUGAAGACCAACAUUUCAAGCUUCCUAGAGGGUUGAUCGGUGCCAAGAGCACGGCUGAAGUCAUUAUUAAUGGUGAGCAGUUUAACUGCCUACUUGAUACAGGCUCGCAGGUGACUACCAUACCUCAGUCUUUCUAUGAACAGUAUUUGUCAGAGCAAGAAAUCAAGCCGCUCUUUGACCUCUUGGAAGUUGAAGGUGCAAAUGGGCAGGCUGUGCCUUAUCUGGGUUAUAUAGAAACCAGUGUUACCUUCCCAAAAGAGUUCCUUGGAGUGUCCAUUGAAGUUGCCACAUUAGCUCUAGUAGUCCCUGAUGUUAAGGCCACCUCAGAGUCUCUCCUGCUAAUAGGCACAAAUACACUUGAUGCAUUAUAUGACACUUAUUGUGAAACCAGUCCGAUGAACCCCCAAACAAUCCCUUAUGGCUACAGAGCGGUAGCCAAAGUGCUUGAGCUCCGGCGCAAAUAGUUGAGCGCCAAUCAUCAUGGUGUUGUGAAGCUGGAAGGCAGAUGUCCUCGAAUUAUCCCAGCAGGGACGACUGUAGUCCUGGAAGGUAUUGCUAUAGCUAGUGGCCUUUAUAAUGAGAAGUCUGUUGUGGUGGAACAUCCUUCUGAAUCUUCCUUGCCGGGUGGCUUGUUAGUGAAGUCAUGCCUGAUUGAUCUUCCAAAACAGCGCCCCUAUAAACUUCCCGUGGUUGUCAGCAAUGCCAUGCAAUGGGACGUGCAUGAGUUAGUGGGGGAGGGUGAAGCCCAGGCUAUAAUGAGGGAUAGAUGAAUGGCUGGCUGGAGCUGUUGAACUGUAUUAGAGGUGUUUUAUGCCAGUGUUAUCACAAGUUGACACAAGGGGAGCUAGUUGGCUGGACGACACUAAUCGGCCAGGCAAUACCCUCAGCAUUCCUUGGUUGUUGUGUCGUUCCAAGAUCGUUGGCUGCUCAUUGCUUUGGACAUGUUCCUGCUGUGUCAAACUCGGUUCAGACUGAAUUUUUAACAACAGUUGGCUUCGACCCUACUGUCCGUGACUGAGGGCACCGUCGUCAGAUUCAUUGGUCAGGUUUCUGGUAAGGAGUGGAUUUUUGGACAGUUCAGCAUCCAGCAGAACACCCAUUGAAGGAUUCGUCCAUCAGGAGACCAAGAUUCCAGUUAACUGGAUGGCGAGCCAACCCGUGGAAAAAUUGAGAGACCAAGAGAAGGAGGAUCGCUUCUGCAGAAGAAUUACUGCGCUCAUGGUGCGGUAGGACAGAAAAGACGCGCUUACACCUGGAUUGGGCCCCAGCGACCGAUCCUCUGACUAACACCAAAAAGACUGGACUCAGACACUUCUAUUUUUUUUGUCAUUUGUGUGCACUUUAGUAUUUUUUUAUUGUACUGUUGUAAUGUUGUGUUGUGCAGCUAAUCUGCACUAAUUGUACUUAUUACACCUAUUUUGGCAAAUCCA